CAUUAUUGCAGAUAGAAAUAGAACGUAAAAGACUAAGGACAUGCUGUUAUCAUGAGGAACAGUAGGGUGCAGUGUAUUCUCAACAUGUUUAUUUUCAGAGUUCUAGGCGUUUGAACACAUCCUUGUCAAAAUUGUAACAGUGGGUUGGAGGACUGCCGACACGUACAACUUGAGCGGACGGAGGCAGGGAAGUAGGCUACAAAGUCACAGUUUGGCGGAUGACAUUGAAAGCAGAGAAAUGUCUUCGUGGUACAAAUCUUGGAUAAUGCUUACAGGUUUUAUACUGUUCUAUGUUGCUUAUCUGUUGUUUGGAGCGUUCGUUUUCUCCACCAUCGAACGGCCGGUGGAGGACAAACUAAAAAGAGACAUACAAGUCCUGAAGGAAGAGUUUCUCAACCAAAGUUGCGUCAAUGCAACAUCACUUGAAAACUUUUUGGAGAGAGUUUUACAAGCCAAUAAGUAUGGGGUUUCUAUCCUUCCGAAUUCUUCUGCGAGUUCUAAUUGGGAUUUGGCUUCCUCUUUGUUCUUCGCCAACACUUUAGUAACGACAGUCGGAUAUGGGCACACUACGCCCCUGUCGGACACGGGCAAAGCCUUCUCCAUCUUCUACGCCCUGCUGGGAGUGCCCUUCACCAUGCUGGUGCUCACCGCCUGCGUCCAGAGGCUCAUGCACCUGGUGACCUACGGACCCAUCAGCAUGUUCCGCCAGAAGAUCGGCCUGGACCCUCUCGCCGCCACUGCCGUCCACUUCGCCAUCCUGCUGCUGGUGGUGGUGCUGGGCUUCUUUGUGGUACCCGCUGUGGUGUUCAGCUACAUCGAGGACACGUGGUCCUUCCUGGACGCCAUAUACUUCUGCUUCAUCACGCUGUGUACCAUCGGCCUGGGCGACUACGUGCCCGGCGAGAAGCCCGGACAGAAUUUCAGGUCGCUGUAUAAGAUCUCUGUGAUGGUGUACCUGUUUGUAGGGCUGAUGAUGAUGUACCUGGUCCUGCGUGCCUUCCACCGGAUGGCCGACCUGCAUGGCCUGACUUCUUUCUUCCAGCUCCCCCACUGUGACGAGGAUAUAGAGGAGGACAGGGAGCCCAUCAUCGAGGCCGGCCAUGAGGACCAGUAUGAGGCGGAGGCCUCGGCCAAGCCCCUGGAUCCGGCCUCCCAGACCUCCUAUAACACCAUCAACCGAUAAGGACUCACUCCACUGGCCCGUUCUCCUUUACAUCAGUCAGGUCAAACAGCUAAACAACAGUCACUGUUUUACAGCAACACAGGGAGGAGUUUAAAACCUGACACUAUAUAGGCACCAAAGACCAUCUUUACCACUGUGAGGCAACUCAUGGGUCAGGUCAGACCUUUCCGCUACGACAGCUCAACUAAACCAAAGAGAAACAAGAACUCUACAGAUGCACCAGUGUACCCAGUUGUCACUUGGCGAGGGUUGUGCGUCAAGGUGGGAGAAGGUUGUUAUUCCAUAACCUGCAGAGAACACUUCUGGUCGGGACUGAUUCUGAUUAUUUAUCACUUUUUUUGUUUCAGACCAAAAAAUAUUUAAGUAUCAUAUACUGACAUUUUCUUGUGGAUGUAUUUUCAUGUACCCUUUUGUGGUUUUAGGUCAGGGUUGAUCAAGGAAGGUCAUACAGAAAUAUCUGAUAUUUCAAAACUAACCAAACUCGUUAUAGUGGCCAUCUUUUGAAGGAGUUUGUUGCCCCUCCCUAGUAACUAUGAAAAAGCCAUUGCUUGAGACUUUGUCUUGAGUCAUAUGAUGGAGCACAUUCCCAGGACUAGCUUGGGCCUUCCCGGCUUUGUUUUUGCAUGUGGUGUGACAUGGUCAUGUGUUUUUUAAAAAGAUAAGGAUAUCAUCUGAAGGAUAACAAAUUUAGGGAACAAAAGAAUUGAAAAUAAAAACCAAGUAUCUGUG